AUGGCGGUGGACUCAAUCGCUAAACAGAAGAAGCUAAUAGCAAGGGAAGGAAAACCUUCCAAAAUUAAAAAAACCAUUAAGAGUGACGAUGGGGACAUUAUCGACUGCAUUGACAUUUACAAGCAACCAGCUUUCAAUCAUCCUGCACUGAGGAAUCACACAAUCCAGAUGACACCCAAUUACAGUCCAACCAUGGAAGGGAGAAGACCAUCAUCAACGAAGGGGGAAGGAGGAUCAUCAGUCUCUCUCACAUCCCAGUUGUGGCAGAGAAGUGGAAGUUGUCCCAAGGGCACAGUCCCUAUCCGAAGAAUACGAGUUGGCAAAAAUUUAAUGAAAGAAUACGGGAGGAAACCCAGCUUAUUUUCCCAACAAUUUAAGCCCCUUGACAAACAAAACCACUCGUUGGCAGUUUUGGUAACUAAUGGCUUGAGGUAUUCAGGAGUUGAAGGAGAUAUUGAAGUUCAUAAUCCAUUUGUUGAAUCAGAUGACGAUUACAGUACCUCCAGAGUUGCUUUGAAAAAUGGCGAUGAGGCCAUUCAAUUUGGAUGGGCAGUAAAUCCCAGUGUAUAUAGAGACAAGCAAACUCGAUUAUUUGUAUAUUGGACGGCAGACUCUUCAAAGACAACCGGUUGUUUCGAUUUAACAUGUGCUGCAUUUGUUCAAACAAGCAAUAAAGUCGCUCUUGGUGCUACAAUUUUCCCAGUCUCAGUCCCUGGUGGCAAACCAUAUAAAAUUACUCCCCGCAUCUUUAAGGAUUCAGAGACGAAUAAUUGGUGGGUACAGUUAGGGUUAAUCCACAUAGGCUAUUGGCCAUCUGAUUUAUUCAACAAUCUAUUGCAUCAUGCGGAAACUAUCGAAUGGGGAGGAGAAGUUUACAGCUUUAAGACAGGAACCCAUCAGCCCCACACUACAACGGCUAUGGGUAGUGGGUAUUUACCCUAUGAUGCGUCAAACAUGUCCGGAUGCGUAAAACAAAUGAGUGUUGCUGAAAUUAAUUCUCAAAAGGAGGUGUACUUCAAACGACCCGAUUUCGCGUACACUUACGUAGAUGAAUAUGGUUGCUAUGGGGUUUUUUACAUCGGAGGUUACGCUGAAGAGCCUGAAUUUUAUUAUGGCGGAUCGGGUAAAAGUGCAAGCUGCCCAUGA